UAUGUGCCGUCACAGUGCAGACAGAGGUUGUAAACAUGGCGGCGGACGGGAUGGUGCUCACCAACCACGACCAUCAGACUCGAGUGGGGAUACUGACAGUCAGUGACAGCUGUUACAAGAACUUGGCUGAGGACAGGAGUGGAGUCAACCUGAAAGACCUGGUCCAUGAUCCCUCACUGCUAGGAGGAGUCAUCGCAGCCUACAAGAUCGUUCCAGAUGAGAUUGAUGAAAUUAAGGACACUCUUUUGGACUGGUGUGACGAACAGGAGCUGAAUCUCAUUCUGACUACUGGAGGAACUGGAUUUGCACCACGAGAUGUUACACCUGAGGCCACCAGAGAGGUGAUAGAGAGAGAGGCUCCGGGUAUGGCUCUGGCCAUGCUGAUGGGAUCACUCAACGUUACACCAUUAGGCAUGCUGUCCAGGCCAGUGUGCGGCAUCCGUGGUAAAACUCUGAUCAUCAACCUGCCAGGGAGCAAGAAGGGCUCUCAGGAGUGUUUCCAGUUCAUCCUGCCCGCUCUGCCCCACGCCAUCGACCUGCUGCGCGAGGCCUUGGUCCAGGUCAAAUCCACGCACGCCGCCCUGGAGCAGCUGCCCUCCCCUUCCGCCCUGCUGGGCAACACGCACACCAACACGCUCAGCAACACGCACACCAUGGAGCGCGGCACCCAGUGCGAGGACGAGGACGAGGACGAGGAGGAGGAAGAGAGGAGGAGAGGAGGCCGACACGUGCACAACCACCACCACCACCACCACCAGCACGCCUCCUCCCACAUCACGGCGGCCGCCAUCGCUGCCAAGACGAGCCAUGCUUUGUUCAUGGCUAAAGGGGCUCCCUACCUGCCCGGCAACACACCCGCCCCUCCCACUCAUUUCACCUGUAGCCAUGACCAUCAGAUCCCGGACUCGAUCAUUUCUCGAGGCGUUCAGGUGCUUCCUCGAGAUUCGGCCUCUUUAAGCUCCACCCCUUCCGAGUCACCGCGGGCAACACAGGCUACCUCCCGCCUUUCCACCGCCUCAUGCCCGACACCCAAGGUUCAGUCACGAUGUGGCAGUAAUGAGAACAUUCUGAGAGCCAGCCACAGCGCGGUGGACAUCAGUAAAGUGGCGCGUCGUCAUCGCAUGUCCCCGUUCCCGUUGACGUCAAUGGACAAAGCCUUCAUCACUGUUCUGGAGAUGACGCCUAUUCUGGGAAUUGAAGUCAUUAACUACAGAGAAGCGGCUCACACCGCUUUCUCCGCAGACGGUUUGGGUCGAGUGCUCGCUCAGGACAUCUAUGCCAAAGACAACCUUCCUCCAUUCCCCGCCUCCGUUAAAGACGGCUAUGCUGUACGAGCUGCUGACGGCCCUGGAGAUCGCUUCAUCAUGGGAGAAUCACAGGCUGGACAACAGCCUACCCAUACAGUGAUGCCAGGUCAGGUGAUGAGGGUGACGACCGGGGCUCCCAUUCCUUGCGGAGCUGAUGCUGUGGUCCAAGUGGAAGACACAGAGCUACUGAGGGAGUCUGAGGAUGGCACAGAGGAGUUGGAGGUGAGGAUUAUGGUCCAGGCCAGGCCCGGACAGGACAUCAGGCCAAUAGGUCACGACAUCAGGCGAGGGGAGUGUGUGUUGGCUAAAGGAACACACAUGGGCCCGUCAGAGAUCGGCCUGCUGGCUACAGUGGGAGUGACCGAGGUCAGCGUGCACAAGUUCCCCGUGGUGGCUGUCAUGUCCACUGGAAACGAGCUGUUGAAUCCAGAGGACGACCUGAACCCAGGGAAGAUCAGAGACUCCAACCGCUCCACCCUGCUGGCCACCAUCCAGGAGCACGGAUACCCCACCAUCAACCUGGGCAUCGUUGGAGACAACCCUGACGACCUGCUGUCAGCUCUCCAUGAGGGAAUCAGUCGCGCUGAUGUCAUCAUCACCUCAGGGGGCGUGUCCAUGGGAGAGAAGGACUACCUAAAGCAGGUGCUGGACAUUGACCUUCAUGCUCAGAUCCACUUUGGACGAGUCUUUAUGAAGCCAGGUCUUCCUACUACCUUUGCCACAGCUGACAUUGAUGGAGCACGGAAACUCAUCUUUGCUCUACCAGGGAACCCAGUGUCUGCUGUGGUGACGUGUAAUCUGUUUGUGAUUCCUGCUCUGAGGAAGAUGCAAGGCAUUCUGGACCCCAGACCUACCAUUAUUAAAGCUAGGCUUUCCUGUGAUGUGAAGCUGGAUCCCAGACCAGAGUACCACCGCUGUAUUCUCACCUGGCACCACCAGGAGCCACUGCCCUGGGCACAAAGCACAGGUAACCAGGUAUCCAGCAGGCUCAUGUCAAUGCGUAGCGCCAACGGCCUGCUGAUGUUACCUCCUAAAACAGAGCAGUACGUGGAGCUGCACAAGGGAGAGGUCGUGGACGUCAUGGUCAUCGGACGGCUAUGAUGCAGACUUCAAUGUCACUCGCUACCGAUUACCAUGGCAGUGCCAGGACUUCCUGUCUGGACAGGAAACGGGCGUGGGGGCAGGAAGCGAUGCAUGUCGACCUGGUCGCCAUUAGCUGUGAUGUCAUAUGCAACAGCCAAUCGGAGCCAGCGGAGGCUGAAUCCUCAUUGGUCUGCUCUGAGGAGAUCACUGUAUUUCAAUGAGAGAAAAAAAAUGUGAAAAAAAUAUAUGAAAUAUGAGAUUUAUUCUGUAAUAUUAUUAUUAUUAUUAUUAUUAUUAUCCUGAUGAUAAUGAUUAUUAAUAUUCUUAAUUAAUAUUCUAUUUAUUAUUAUUAUCAUGGUUCUGAUUGAAUAUUAUCAUCUUAGUAGUAAUCAUGCCCUCUUCUCUCCUGUUCAUUUGCUUUGUGCGUUCCACAUUUUUCCCUGGUAGUUAUAGAGAUAUAGACUCUUUUCCCUCCUUCCUCCACUCCUCCUGUCCUUUUAUCCCCUUUUUUCUCUUAUUCUUCUUCUUUUCUGCUAUUGCGUCCUCUAUCCAGAUAUAGAAACUUCCUUAUUAACCCCUCCCUGCAGUAUCACUACACUUCCUUCUGCCUCACACUGACCCUAACAUCAGACUUUGACAGAUAUAUGAACUGAAGGCUGAUUUUAAUAUAUAUUUAUUAUUGAGUUGAAGCUGCUGAUAUAGUUUGUGCCAGUACACUAAAUACGACUUUUUUUGCAGGAAAAAAAAGAGGAACAAAAAUCCAAGGAUUCUUAUUUAUUUCUUUAUUACAUUUUUUUUGUCAAGAUAUCAAAGCAUUCAGAUCAUACUGAGACAUUAACGCUCAUCUUGACUCUGAGCGAAAGCCAUGAAACUCUUUGAGGUGGCUCAGCGUAAAAGCAGCGUGAAGCAGGACUCACGGGGUUAAAUCCUUCCAAAUAUAAACAUAUUAAUAAAUACAUAAUUUAUGAUGUGUAGUCAUGUGGGCCACGCACGCUGAUAUUCAGUAUAACCCAAAAUCUGCAUUCAAGUAGUGAUUUACACAAGUUUAAAGUGUACGCCUUAAAGGUACAGUACAGUUUUUUUUUUUUUUAAAGGGCACUCUACUGAUUUAAAUCAUGAAGUCAUAAGUUACUUGUCAUGUAGCGUACUACUUAGCCUUGGGGGGGGGGGGGAAUUCCCUAUGGCUCUAAAGUUAGCGCUUUUUAAAGAUUUAGCUUAAAAAACAAACCUAAUGACGCUGUUAAAGGGCCCUGUGGAGUCUUAUAAACAAAUAUACAAAAGUUAAGUUUACAUACAUGUUAUGCGCCAAAUUGCGUCGUGUCAAUCCUCGAGGACUGGCGGAUGUUUUUUUUUCAUACAUCACGUUUCUUUGUAAUGUUUUGAAACCUGUUUAUAUCCGUGUUUUAGCAGUUAGCUUCUUCCCUGCCUUUGUUGGAGUAUUACUGUGUUUCUCGGCGUGUUACCGUCGAGUCAUGUGACUUACCUUAACUAGUGCGACUGCAUAUCGCGUCCUGUGUCCUCACAAACAACCAAAAAAAAAAAAAAAGAGGAUCCACUAUUUUAAAAAACUGCACAGGGUACCUUAGCUUUUAAGUUGCGUUAUGGGAAAUGUAGGAUCCAGUGUUUUAACUCAACUUUUGCUGCUUUAAUUUUGACCGUUCCUUUUUUUAACAUAUCACCACAGUAGACCUUUUAAAACUCUUAAGUGGCCAAUCAGUAAAUAGAACUGUCCAGUUGACAGCCAGUCAGAAAGGCAGGCUUUUUAUUGGCUAAUCAGGCCCUUCCAUCUUUUUUUUUUUUUUUUUAAUUUUCUGCCUUUAAAACCACACGAACAGUAACAAAAAAACAGCUGCUUCAGCGAGUUGUGACGUACAGUAUUCCCGACUCCGAGGAAACGCUCGAGCCGACAUCACGUGAAAGCGGGGUGUCGCAUUCAGGUGCUCGUAAAAUGACACAACUGGUGAAUUUACUACCACUGACGGUGUGUUAAGGUGCUUGUUAAAAGUCAAAAGCGUCCGAGUAGUCUGACCGCUUUUUCUCUCAAUGUACUGUAUGUAGUCCGAGCAACGCUGAGGAAACACAGAUUCGUGUGAUAUUUGGCCUGCUGUUUCAUAAACGUUUGAUAUUUAGCCCACUACAAGCUCCGUUUACUUCUAGCGUAGAACAGAAUAGUAGAGCAGUGUCUUGCUGAUUUAAACACUGACUUUAAAUUGUUUACUAAUUAACAAGGACCAUUUAAAUGCAUCAUAUGCAAUCUGUGAGACCCCUGCAUUCACCAGAACGCCAUACCUUAAACUUCUAUAGUUCCUCUGAUUCUUCCUAUCAGUGUGAUCAGUGCCAAACAAGCCCACAUGGUCAAAGUCUAAUGCUGCAUUCAGGUCGUAUUGGAAUAACUGGCGCAGAUACUUGUGUGAAUUUAAUGGUACUUAAAGACACCAGGAUGACAUGAUUGAUGUGUUUUGUAGGUGUUGCUGCUGCUGCUGCUGAUUUUCUUGUGUCAGUUUGAAAUAUAAAGUGGAAGCUCACAUUUACCAUCUUUCUGUAUGACAUGAAGGCAGCACUAGUCAGCGUUUCUGAGCUUUGACCCCUCUUUUCCCGACAGGCUGACGCAGUCUUCCUCCAACUCCCUCCUUCCUUCCUUCCUUCCUUCCUCCCUCAUCUUCCUCUUUUCCUCCCCCCCAACCCUCCUUUACACUUGCAUGCCCAUAAUGUGGGGGGAGGGGCUUGUCUUUUUCUCUUUGGGCAGGUUUGAUUUCAGGUGCGAGACCAGGGUGCAGCAUCUGGGCGGUACUUCUGACCCCGGCUAUAAAAAAAAAAAAAGGUUUCAGUUUCUGCCAGUUGUUUUUUUUUACGCAACAGUCGGUGCGUAAAAAGAGUUUAAAAAAAAAAAAAUGAAGUCCAGUCUCUGGUUACCAACACCGUCUUCUCAUUUUAUUCCUCUCUAGCUUUGAGGUCAGAAACUUCCCAGUUACCUCAAACGCACCAUUUAUCUAUCAGCGGCUCGUGCUGUGUUCAUGCAGGAGCAAAGUGGAAGAACAGGAAUAGGGAGUUUGGACAGUAACUGGAAGGACUUCAUCUAAAUUUAAAAAAGACAACAAAAUUAAAACACCACAAGUUUUCGGCAGCUCGUAUUUCCCGUGAACACAGCAUCAGAGCAAAAUCCUGGCACCUGCCCAAGGAGGACUAAUCAAACCCAGAUAGAUUCAUUUGAGUAAGAAGAAGCAGGUUAUUGAUAAACUGCCUUUGUACUGAGUGAUUCGUAACACUGGACUUAAACUCAGUGUCACACUGCACACACUAUAAACUAUGACCAGCACUUGUAAUGAAGCAAUGACACAGCAUUCUACUACUACUGUAUAAAAUAUAAUGAAAAAAAGGAUGUUUUUUUCUGUAAUGAUAUUAUUGAAACUGAAGAUGAAUUAAUAAAAAUAAUCCUGAUUAUUCUGUA